AUGGAAAAAGACUUAGAUCCAGAUAUAAUAAAAUUUACCCAGUUGUCCUUAGGCAAAUACGUUAAACGGCCUCCGUUAAGUGACAAACUGCUGAAAAAGCCACCGUUCAGAUUUUUACACGAUAUUGUUACGACGGUAUUAAAGACGACAGGCUUUUUUGGAAAUUUGUUUGAAGACAAUGAAUUAGUAUCGGAAAAUGUUAAAGACAGAGACAGUAAAAUAUUAUUUCUCAAUAAAGUAAUAUUUGUUCUGAGUAAAACCACAGGAAAAUCGAUCGCUGCAAAACCAUCCAAAAUAGUUGCAGGUCAAGAACCUGAAAAAACUAAUGAAUUACUUCAAUGUUUAGCUCAGGCUCUUGAUGAAAAAUUAUCUUCAGAUGAAGCUGUAAAAAGUUACAAGGAAAGCGUGAAGUCAACUCAAUCAUCUGAUGCAAAAAAUAAAGAGCCAAUAAAGUCAACAAAGAAAACUAAUGAUACAAAAAAAAUAACAUCUCGUAGCAGCGAAAAAUUAACUAAUCAAAGGAAUGAGGUUGCGCGGUCUACGACUAAACAAGAUAAGGAUAAGGCAAAUGAUGUCAAAUCAAAAAGGAAAGAAAAUGGGUCGGUUAAGGUUGAAUCUCAAAACCUGAAGAAAACACAGCAAUCAAAAACAGUGAACUCCAAAACCGGUAAAGAUAAUAAUGUGCCGAAAGAGGAUACCACAUAUACGCGCCAUAAAAAUAUACCGUCAUCGAAUUCUAUAGACAAAGGACAAAGUUCACUAAUUAAAACUCAAUCACAGGAAUCUGAUACAUAUACAGAAAAAGACGAUCAAUUAGAAAAAAUCACAAAUGAGACCCAAGUUUUAAGUCCUAGAGUAGAAAACGAUGAUGAAGGAACACUAAAUACCUCCUAUACAAUUGCAGAAAAAGAUUUAAAUUCAUCAACAUCAUCAAAUGAUUUAAAUGAUAUUGCACAUAAUGAUAUCAAAGAUCAAAUUAACUCCCAAGAAGCAGAUGUCAAUAAUGAAGCACAAUUAAUUGAACCUGAUCGCCAAAUACAAACUCACAACGACUUAAACGAUAACAUGAAGAUGAAAAAUUUUGAUACAAGUACAAUUGCCCAAGAAAGACAAAAGGACCAACAUAGUAGUAAUGAAUUCGAAAAUAAAUCUGUGAUCUCUGAACAAGAAACUGUGUCUGUAGUGAAAGUUCCAAUGUCAACCACAAAUGAACCAAAAAAUCCACGACCGCCAAGUGUAAGGCCUUCGUCUUCUAGGCCCGGAGCUCCGCGAAUGAGAGAAAAGCUUGACAAUGUUAUAAAAGACUCUGAUAAUCUACUUUUGGGUAAAGUAAACAUUAUUGUUGAAAAUACCCAGAAUGAAGAGGAAGAAGAAACGAACCUUAUACUGAUGGAACAUCAGGGAAGCACGGGCUCAAGUCCUCAAGAUCAGCAAGACAUGCAACUACCAUACGCAUCUAACGAACAUGGACAUCUGGUUCAAAAAAUUUUAGAUUCUCAAAAGGAACUGUCUCACAUAACAGGGAAAACAGAAAUUGAGUGGCAAUUUGGAGCUCAAAAGGCAAGAGAGGCGAUAAACCAGGAAGUUGAGCAACUUCGGUUUAAUAUCCAAGCUAUGUCUCGGGUAGCAAAUCCCCUCGGGAAGUUACUAGAUCACAUCCAAGAAGACGUAGAAGUAAUGCGUCAGGAACUUCACCAGUGGUCAAACAUUUAUGAAGAUGUAACCAAGGAGAUGCAAAAACAGAAGACAAUUAAUGAAGAUUCACUGACGCCAUUUUACACUAAAUUAAAACAAACAGAACGGGACAUUGAAGAGAAGCAUGACAAAAUAAACGAUCUUAAAAUAUUGAUCCAGAAAAAUGCUUCAAGAAUUGAGAAGUUGUUAAUGAGUGGGAGUGUGCAAUAA